AUGCCGUUCAACCCGGACAUAGGAUCGCCAACGCAGCGGUUUCUGGAUGCCGGAUCGUGUAAACAACUGGGAAAAGCGGACGAGACCCUGAAUAUCUUGGACACCAAACUAGAAUGGGACAGUAUCAGGGAAAAUCUGAAGCGUAUGUAUGCCUGCAAAAAGACAGAACCAAUACUCAUCGCCGAAAUUCAGAACCUUCCCGCUAGUUUGUCCCUGGACCCAGACCACGGUGUAAGUGCAGCAUCAAAAAAUGCUCUUUAUGAUGGAAUUUGCCUUAACGCCUUCCUCGUCGGGCUACGAGAUCCACUCAGAGCGGUCAUCCGAGCCUGGAAUCCGACAACGAUCGAGGCAGCUUACGAGUGGUGCCAAGCUGAGCAGAACUUCAUUUAUCAAAAACAAAACAAACUACAAAACAAUAGAUUCAACUCAGACCGCAAUAGACCCUAUCAGAGGGGUUCGUACCAGAACAACUCCGUUGGUCGAAAUAACUACUCUUCCAAUAAUUACGGGCAAGAUUAUCGUGGAAAUUCCUAUUCCUCGGGAAACCCGUUCCGCCAGGGCCCCAACCAAAGCCAGCAUCAUUUCAAUAACAACAGGCAGAAUAACGACAAUAGAAUGGGAGGAAAUAAUACUGAUCAAAAUCGUAGCAGUACCUCACGCAGGCCUGCUCCCAAUUUUAACAACAUUGACGACAGCUCAAAUUUUCAACAAGAAGCCUCGACCGACAAGUCGGUUACAUAA